AUGCCCGCUGUUGCCCUCGCCUCCGCCGUCCCGAGGUCUCUUCUAUCGUCUUCGCUGCGCCGUGUCGCCUUUGCUUCUUCCUCUCCGAUCGCCAUUCGUCCUAUCCGCGCUUCCUUCGGUGCCGUCCAGACCAUCUCCCCCUUCGCCGUCCGCACAAUGGCUUCCGCUAUCCCCAAGAUCAAGGUCAAGAACCCCGUCGUCGAGCUCGAUGGCGAUGAGAUGACCCGCAUCAUCUGGCAGUCCAUCAAGGACAAGUUCAUCUACCCCUACCUCGACAUCGACCUCAAGUACUAUGACCUCGGUCUUGAGUAUCGUGACGAGACCAACGACCAGGUCACCAUUGAUGCCGCCGAGGCCAUCAAGAAGUACCAGGUCGGUGUCAAGUGCGCCACCAUCACCCCCGAUGAGGCCCGAGUCGAGGAGUUCAAGCUGAAGCAGAUGUGGCUUUCCCCCAACGGAACCAUCCGAAAUGCCCUCGGCGGUACCGUCUUCCGUGAGCCCAUUGUCAUCCCCCGCAUUCCCCGUCUCGUCCCUGGCUGGAAGAAGCCCAUCAUCAUUGGCCGACACGCCUUCGGUGACCAGUACCGCGCCAAGGAUGCUGUCCUGCCCGGCCCUGGCAAGCUCUCCAUGGUCUACACCCCCGAGGGUGGUGAGCCCCAGGAGAUUGAGGUCUUCCAGUUCAAGAACGGUGGUGGUGUCGCCCAGACCCAGUACAACACCGACGAGUCCAUCACUGGCUUCGCCCACGCCUCUUUCAAGCUGGCUCUUGACAAGGGCCUUCCCCUCUACAUGAGCACCAAGAACACCAUCCUCAAGAAGUACGAUGGUCGCUUCAAGGAUAUCUUCCAGGAGCUCUACGACACCCAGUACAAGGCCGAGUUCGAGGCCAAGAAGAUCUGGUAUGAGCACCGUCUCAUUGACGACAUGGUCGCCCAGAUGAUCAAGAGCUCUGGUGGUUACAUCAUGGCUCUCAAGAACUACGACGGUGAUGUCCAGUCCGACAUUGUCGCUCAGGGCUUCGGCUCCCUUGGUCUCAUGACCUCGGUCCUCAUCACCCCCGAUGGCAAGACCUUCGAGUCCGAGGCUGCCCACGGCACCGUCACUCGCCACUACCGUGAGCACCAGAAGGGCAACGAGACCUCCACCAACCCCAUUGCCUCCAUCUUCGCCUGGACCCGUGGUCUCAUCCAGCGUGGCAAGCUCGACGACCAGCCCGAGGUCGUCGCCUUCGCCGAGAGCCUUGAGCAGGCCUGCAUUGACACCGUCGAUAUUGAUGGUAUCAUGACCAAGGAUCUUGCCCUUGCCUGCGGCAAGACUGGCCGUGAGGACUAUGUCACCACCACCGAGUACCUCAACGCUGUUGAGCGCCGCAUGAAGAACAUCAUCAAGGAGAAGCUGUAA